AUUUAUUCUUGUAGAAUCCGAAUGACAUAAUAGUUGGAUGACUGCAUGUUGACUGCUGACUGUUAAAUGUGCAACAAGCUUACGAGAUAAUCAAGAUUACUCUGACGACGCUGCUUGCAGUACAGACGCACAUUCGCAUUACCAACAUUUAUAAUUGCACAAAUAAUGCAAGAUUAAUAAUACGUGUUGAAAGUGAAUUCAUACUUUGAAAAUAUUGAAAUAAAGUGAAACGAGACAAACAUGAAGAAUUUGAGAACUGCUAUGCUAUUCGUCGUUGUCCUCAUAUUGGGACGCCAUGCCUUGAGUGCCACUGCUUCUGCAAUUCCUAUGUGGGAAUUCCUCUCGAGGGGUGAGAAAAUGAGUUACUUGUUAAGAAUAUUCAGCCUACAGGUGGCCAAGUACUGUAUGGAUUCUUCAAUGCCAGAUUGUAAUAAAAAUUUAUUGCUUACCGGGAUAAGGAACUUAGGUAACAUGGAAAAUAAUGUUCUUGAUAAAUUGGAUCCGUAUCAACGUGACGCGAAAGGACUUAUUUGGCGUGCCAUGAUAAAAAACGCAUAUAAUACAAGAGUCGCUCACAAGCCAGAUGAAUUUUACUUCUCCGUCGGAACAGAUUCAUUAGUUAUCAGUGAUAGCGAUAUAAAUGGUAUUGGAGAAGAAACAAUGACAACGCGUGAUCGUGUUCAAUUAUCUUCUAAACACGCUGGUCCCUUCCUGGUCGGACCAAUGGUAAUUCGAGUAUACCCGGAUGGUCGACCAGUUGCAGAAGAUUUGAUGCGUCCUCUGCCUCGAGACGAAGAUAUGGAAGAAUUCAGACAUUCUCAAAUACCCUCAUUUGAAAAAAUGGAAACUAAUAAAGAUAUUUUCUUCGAAAAACAAUUAAAAGAAAGCACACUUAUAGAACCUAAUAAUCAUGGGUUGCCUCAAGAGAAGAUUGUUCAUCUUCGAAAUAAUCAUUCACUAUUUAAGAGACGAUUACCUCAAGAAAUAAUUGUAAAGCGUAAGAUACGGUAUUAUUGAAUAGUAUCUAAAAUUUAAAUUCAUUAGAUAGUAUUAAAAAUCUUCGUUGUGAAUAUUUGUAAAAUUCAUCGAAUAUUUGAGUUCUUAGAAAUAAUGAAAAUGGAAUGUUUAGUGAAAAC